UGUAGGUCAGGAAGUCCGCCGCGGUUAGCAUGCCGCUAGCUGCUAGCGCUUAGCUCGGGCUCUUCGGGGACUCGUUUCGAAGCGCUUCUCGGUGACACGUCAGGAUAAAUGACCAGACGUCCAGUUUCUCCGCCCGGAAGCUUCAGAGCGCAGGAUAAAGCGGACUGACUACGCAGGUUUGGUUGGAUUCGGCACGUUUCUGACCGACAAUGGGGAAGAAGAAGGUUCCAGACCUGUACAGAGCGCCCUUCCCCUUAUACGCCGUUAAAGUGGACGGUAAAAGUGGGCUGGUGCUCACAGCAGGGGGGGGCGGGGCCUCCAAGACUGGCAUCAAGAAUGCAGUGCACUUCCUGGACCUGCAGCUGGUGGGGGGGCAGUACAGCGCCAGCCUGCUGCACUCCCACGACACCGACACGCGCGCCACCAUGAACAUGGCCGUCGGAGACGGGCUGGUGGCGGCGGGACAGGACGGCACCUGCUGCCUGAUGAGGUUCAAACAGAGCGCCCCGGGAGGGGCCGGCGGUGGCAGCGGCGUGCAGCAGGGGAACGCCCGGCGGCGUGCCGGGAAGGGACAGCUGUCCAGGAGGGACGGGGCGGAGGCGGCCGGAGACGGCCCCCCCACCAGGGACGACACGGCCCGGGUCUCCGUCAGCGGCCUGGCCGAGCUGCAGUCGGACCUGAACCCCCAGGACCCCCUCCAGAAGGUGGUCCGCUUCAGCCCCGACCUGAGCCUGCUGCUGACGGGGGGCACCGACGGACACGUCCGCGUCUGGGAGAGUGUGUCUCCUGAUGGGUUUUCUUCGCUGAAGAAGAAGCUGGACUUCCGAGCCCAUGAGGGGGAGGUUGAAGACCUGGACAUGAGUCCCGGGAACAAGCACCUGGUGACGGUGGGCCGGGACUUCUCCUGCAGUGUGUGGAGUGGGACCCAGCUGGCUGCGUCUCUGAACUGGCUGGACACGGUUCCUCAGCUGGGCCAGAAGACGUACCGGUACCUGGCCUGCAGGUUUGGAAAGGUGGAGGACCAGAAAGAUGCCCUGAGGCUGUACACGGUGCAGAUCCCCCACAAGCGGGAGCGGAAGCCCCCCCCCUGCUACCUCACCAAGUGGGACGGGAGGAGCCUGCUGCCCAUGCUGACGGCGCCCUGCGGCGCCGAGGUGCUGUCCAGCCUGGCUGUCAGUGACUCGGGGACGUUCCUGGGCCUCGGCACCGUGACGGGAUCCGUGGCCAUCGUCAUCGCUUUCUCUCUGCAGAGGCUGUACUACGUUCAGGAGUCUCACGGCAUCGUGGUCACUGAUCUGUGUUUCCUGCCCGACUCUCUGCGAGGAAACAACGAGGCGGCGCUGCUGAGCGUGGCCGUGGACAGCCGGCUGCAGCUCCACCCAGUGGCCAACAGGAGUAAGUGUCCGCCUGCACCCGCCUCCCCCCAGCUCCCCCCGCUGCCCCCCCUCAGCUGUGUUGUGUUUUCCAGGGUCCUUCCCGGUCUGGGUGGUGCUGUUCUUCUGCGGCCUCAUGGUGGUGGGGGUCCUCCUCCUGCUGCAGCACCUCUUCCCAGGGUUCCUCUGAGUCCUGCUCCGGCUCCAGACCAGGACCAGGACUCCCCCGGCCCCCCCUCACAGGGUGCUGAAGGUUUCUCUGUGAAGACAGAUUGAAGGGAAGUGACUGAAGGUCUUUCAGGUGUGUGGGCCGAGGCCCCCCCCCCCCUGCUGGACGGCGAGCGCCGGGUCCCGCUGGCAGCAGGACUCUCACCAAGACGCUGUUUUAGAGAAAUCCAGCUUUUAUCAAGCCGUCGUCUCCUUUAACUUAAUUGCAGCUGUGUGGAUUCUGAUCAGGACCUGGAGACACGGCGACGCUUUUAAUCAGGAGACUGGAAGAACACAGGAAAUCAGAUGUCAGGAGGUUUUGUCUUUUUGUUUUUAAGCUGAAUUGUUGCCGUCUUUAUAAUAAAGGAAUGCAGAACGUGGUGAUGCCAGUG